GUCUGUCUGACCUCCAUCUGUAUGUUUCCCCCCACAAUAUUUCUCUUUCACUCCGGUUACAGUAAAUUCUGUUUUGUUAUUUAAAUAAAAAUACGCACUGAUCGCUCAAAUGGAUCCCAAUUUGGAAUAUUGGCAAAUCAACGGAAAGUCUUUCCUAAGCAGACUACGUAUCUGGUUAAAUAUCCUUGAUCCCAGUUCCAUCCUGUCCUCUGAAGCUGAAAUUCUAAACUCUCGCUCUCUGUUAAAAGAUCAAGGAAAGCAGCAAAAUGAUGAUAAGGUUUCUAAUGCCUGGAUGCUGUCUCUCACAUCUGUGCAUGCUGAUACUGGAGCACUGAUACACCCAGUGUUUCGCCCACAUGCUUUUCUACCUAUUUCAGUUCCUUUGGUUGUAGCAAGUUUUGUGCCCCAUAAAGGUGUACCACCUGCUUUGUUCUGGCAUUUUUUGCUUCAAGGUUACUCUGCUGGAUUUAACCACGCCAACAGAAACAAAACAACCACUACGGAAAAUAAAACCACAUUGAAGCAGUCUGUCCUUAUUAUGGGAACCGUUGCAUAUUCAACAGUUGCAGGGGCCCUUCCUCAAAUUAUACUGCAGCGUCUGCAGCUCAGCAGUGUUUCAGCUCAGGCCUUCUGUAGAUCAGUGCUGCCUAUCCCCCUAUCAGCUUGUCUUGCUGCCUUCAGCGUCUUGGUGGUGAGGAGUGAGGAAUCAGAAAAUGGAAUUAAAGUCUUUGACUCUAAUGGGAAUUUAGUUGGUACAUCAAAGGAAGCAGGAUCUAAGGCGGUAAGAGAGACUGCCAUAUCCCGAGCAACUCUUUUUGGUACCACUGCAACUGUGCCCAUUCUGCUGCUCUUUCUUUUAAAAAGGGCAAAAUUUGUCCAGAGGAACCCAAUGCUGUUUGCUCCUGUUAGACACAUUAGCACUGCGGUUGUCCUUGGCCUGAUGAUCCCUGUGUCCUUCAGUCUAUUUCCACAAGUUGGCAAGAUUAAAACAGAGUACGUGGAAAAGGAGUUGCAGACUUCAACUAAUGAUAUGGAGCUGUUUUACCACAGAGGACUGUAACUGUCACCUUGAAACCAACACUCAAUGUUUAUUAUACAUUCACAAUUGCCGCUGGACUUAAAAUGGUUUAAACAGUCAAGGGUACCCAGCAAGUCCUAGGAUAAACCUAUCCUGUUGUCAAAAAGCAUGUUUCCCCAUGAAUGUACAUUCAAAAUCGGUAACAACAAGGAUUUUUUUAAAUAAUGCAUAGGUGUGUAUGUUUAUGGACAGUAGUGGCCUAGUGGGUGGAGCUUUGGGCCAUCAAUUGGAAGGUUGUGGGUUCAAAUUUCUCCUUUGCCAUGCAACCACUGUUGGGCCCUUGAGCAAAGCUCUUAACCCUUUCAGCUACAUGGGCCGACCCCAGCUUCCAAACAAGCAUUUCAUUGUACUGUACACAUGUAUAUAUAUUUAUGACAAAUAAAGGCAUUCCAUC